ACGGCGUGGCGCGGUGACGUAAUGACACGGGCUCUUAAUCUAAUUAUGUUCUAAAACAUGUAAAACGGGAACAUGACAGGAGUAUUCUAAAAGCGACUCAUGUAAACACCUUAAUCACAUUAUUAUCUUAAUCAGAGUAAGGUCAAUAAUUAGAUUACUGCUGUCCAUGUAAACGUAGUCACUGUCUCAAAGCAGCUUUACAGAAAUAUCAACACGGUAUACAGAUAUUAAAGGUGCGGAUUUAUCCCAACUGAGCAAGACACUGAGUGGCGAUGGUGGUGAGGAAAAACUCCCUAAGAUGUUAAGAGGAAGAAACCUUGAGAGGAACCAGACUCAGAAGGGAACCCGUCCUCAUCUGGGUAACGACAUAUAGUGUGAAAAAGUUCACACUAUCUGUUGUGAUACACCCUAAUCUUUACAAUAAUUGUCCUGGGAUUUUUAACGACCACAGAGAGUCAGGACUUCUGUUUAACAUCUCAUCUGAAAGACAGUGCUGUUUUUACAGUAUAGUCUCCCCGUCACUAUACUGGGGCAUUAGGAACCACACAGACCACAGGGUGAGCACCUCCUUCUGGCCUCAGUAAUACCACUUCCAUCAGCAACCUUGGUUUUCCCCAGGAGGUCUCCCAUCUAGGUACUGACCAGGCUCAAUGUUGCUUAGCUUCAGUGGGACACCAAGCAAGAACUGCAGGGUGAUAGGGCUUACAUCUGUAAGAGUGGUCUGUCUGGCUCUAGAUGAGAGGAAGUGACAAGAGGAAGUGGAUAUUUUUGACACUUCAUAUACCCUGGGUGUUGGAACAGGUUUCGCAAACAACUGUGCUUUGGUCUGUUCUUCAAACUUUAAGUAUUGUAUGUGCAGCAAAAAGAAUUUCUGCUUUUCAUGAAGAAGAAAUGGCCAAAACAGAAACUCCGCCUCUUCAGAUGCAUGGGAGAGAAGAAAAAAAAAAUCAGCUAUCAUGAAGUCUUCAGCUUCGUCAUGAUAAGACAGCAGCACUGUUUGUAAUCAACACCCAACUGACCCACGCCUCAAGGACCAGGAUGCUGAGGCGUCGUCUCACUUUAAUUCUUGUCAGUGUACUUGGAGCUUCUCUGCUGGUUGAUGGCGCUAAUAUACGACUCGCUGGUGGCAGUCACUCCUGUGCUGGUAGAGUGGAAGUCUAUCAUAAUUACCGCUGGGGAACAGUGUGUGAUGAUUACUGGGAAAUAAAUGAUGCGCAGGUGGUGUGUAGAGAGCUUGGAUGUGGUAAGGCUGUCAGUGCUCAUCAAAGUGCCCACUUUGGUCGCGGAAGUGAUCCAAUAUGGCUGGAUGAUGUUCGGUGUUCUGGAAGUGAAAGCACCAUCACACAGUGCACUCAUAGAGGAUUUGGUACACACAACUGCGGCCAUGAUGAAGAUGCUGGUGUUACUUGCUCAGACCAGGUCAGACUGAAUGGUCCGAGUAACUGCUGUGGUCGAGUGGAGAUCCAGCACAAUGGCCGUUGGGGAACAGUGUGUGAUGAUGACUGGGACUUAAAGGAUGCAGAGGUGGUGUGUAGACAGCUUGGAUGUGGUAAAGCUGUCAGUGCUCCUCCUAAUGCCCGCUUUGGUGAGGGAAGUGAACCAACCUGGCUGGAUGAUGUUCAGUGUAAUGGAACUGAGAGCUACAUAGAUCACUGCUCACACAGUGGAUUUGGAGUAGAGAACUGUGGACAUGAAGAAGAUGCUGGAGUCGUGUGCUCAAACUUGCAGACUCCCACAUUGACUCGGAUCUCCCCAAACUCUGUGGUCUCACCUGGAGAAGUCCUUCAGUUCAGAUGUACUACACCCAGCCCAUCAUGCAUCUCUGUAGACUUCAGUUUGUAUAAAACUGGGACAUCAGUAAAGAAGCAAACUGUAGAGACUACAACAACAUUUACUCUGACUGUAGAUGCCUCACAUCAGGGCCAGUACACCUGUGACUACUCAUACAGGGAAAGCGCCUCCACAUCAUCCAGGAGCAGCUCCAUCACCAUCACUGUGGUUAACCUGCAGCAACCCAAUAUCUCCUUCAGUGCUGCUGGUGGACCAGAAGUGACAAGGGGCUCCAGCUUCUCCAUCAUGUGCUCCACUGAACCUCAGUAUCCAGGAGGUUCCUUCCACUUGAAGUUCAGUGGAUCCAACAUCACAAGAACUCAGUCGGCUGUUAACCACUCAGCCGUCUUCCUGUUUCCUGAGGCAGAUUUUGUCCAUCAGGGAAACUACAGCUGUACUUAUGAAGUUACCGUGUCUUCACGCACCUUUACCUCCACUACCACUGAGCUGCUGGAAAUCACUGUGAAAGCAUCUCUGGCUCUAUACAUUGGUGUUGGAGUGACAGCAGGACUGCUUCUCGUCUUAGUUCCAAUCAUCAUUUGCUUUGUGAAGACACAGAAAAGACGGAAAUCUCAGGUGGAUAAGACGAAGGAUUCACAGCGUGCCAAAAACACAUAUGAGAGUCCCCAAGGAGAGAUUGAGACAGAUGACGAAGCUGAUUAUGAAAACACAGAAACCAUUUUCCACCAGAAGGAAGACUCAGAGGACUCGGAUAAUGAUUACAUUAAUGUUGAUGCUGAUGAACAAAGAAGUGAUGUGGACAAUGACUAUGAAGAUGUAGAUAUUUAUGCAAACUAUGUAGCAUAGAGUGAAAAAAAACAAUUAACAAAUAUCCACAGUGCACAAACAAUAACAUGGUUAAAUUGGAUCAUUUUCCAUUGUUAAGAUAUAACCACUGUUAAUUAGAGAUGGUUUAAUUAAUAUGGACUUCAGAAUCAGUUUGUUAUUUGCUCAUUAGUCUUUUCAGAUGUAAAUAUAUUAAAAUUUUUAUUUUUAUUUUCUUACUGGUUUCAUACUUGACAUUACAAUAGUUUAUUAUUAUUUUUUUAUUAUUUUUUUUAUUUAUUUAUUUUUUAUAAUUUUAAUAUUAAACAUUGAAAUGCAUCAAGAUUAAAAUAAUCACUCAGUGUUUUCAAGAAACCAAUGACAGAUGCAGAAAUAUAUAUAUAUAUAUAUAUAAUAUUUCCAAUGAGGCUAUUCACAUGACAUUUUCACCAGAUUUUGGUAUUAACUUAUUAACUUAAGAAAUUCAAACAUUAAAGUCCAUAAAUGAAGUUAUGUGUAAUAAAGAGGAAUGACACAGGAAAAAAAGAAUUAAACACGCUAACUGAAAUGUAUUUAAUACUUAGUGGAGAAGCCGUUGUUUUUAAUGACAGCUUCAAGACGCUUCCUGUAUGAAGAAAUUAAUGGGCUGCAAUAUUCAGGUGUGAUUUUGGCCCGUUCUUCUAAACAUAUUGUCUUUAAAUCUUAUUCAAUUGGAUUCAAGUCAGGUGAUUGACUGGGCCAUUCUUUUCUUAACAUGUUCAACACUUUUUUCCUGUGUCAUUCACCUUUAUUACACAUAACUUUAUGUAUGGACUUUAAUGUUUUGAAUUCUUUAUAUUUCCAGAUUUCUUGAGUAAUACUGAUGUCUGGUGAAAAUUUCAUGUGAAUAACCUCACUGGAAAUAUAUUUACUGAGAAGAAUAAUUUCCCCCACUGUG